GACGGUGAGACGGCUGACCUGAUCAAGGAGGCUGCGCUCUACUACCCAAUCCUCUCCGAGAAGUACCACGACUAUGCGCCGCUCGUCGCAGACGCCAAGGAGGCCCGCCGAGGGGCGCUCGGAGCUGUGAUCGCUGAGGGAAAGGACCUCGCGACCGAGAAGCUCAUCGCGCCCGUCAAGGAGAUGGCGGCGGAGAAGAUCUUCGCGCCCGCCAAGGCCCGCGCCGCGCCGUUCCUGACCAAGGUGGCCGACAAGAAGGCGUCACUCGUCGAGAAGAAGGAGGCAAUUCUCGCCGACAAGCGGCUGUGCCGCGCUCUUGAGGCACUCCAGGAGGCGCGCGAGCAUCCGACCGAGACAGCGGCUGCGCUCAAGGCGACCGCCAUCUCCCUGCUUCAGUACGACAAGGUGGCCGAGUACCGCGAGUACAUCCAGUCCGACGCGUUUGCCGAGGACACGCGCCAGCUCGUCACCGAGAGCCUGCCCGCGCUUGCCAAGGACGCGGCCGAGCAGGGCCUUGAGAAGGUGCGCGUCAAGGCCACGGCACUCUCGGCCGACCUCCAGUCCUCGGUCGAGCUCCUCAUCUCCUCGCUCUCGCAACCCUCGGGUUUUGAGACGCCCGACCUCUCCGCGACCAUCGAGCGCGCGCUCUCGCUAGCCGUGAAGGCGCGCUCCCUCCUCUCCGACGUCACCAUCCACGGCACGCCUCUCGAAGAACACCGCGUCGUCACGGGCGGCUCUCGAAAAGCUCGCCGCCCUCAUCGCUCCUCCGGCCAACCCCGAAGCUGUGACCGCCAUGACCGAGACGGCCGAGGCGACCCUCGCAACCACCAACGAGACGGACACCAACGAGACGGACACCAACGAGACGGACACCGACGCGCUGGUCACCAUCGACGCGGGGGCGGGCCACACCGCCUGAAGUCAUCUCGUGACGCUA